AAAUAAUAAAAAAGCCUUUAUUCUUCUAGUAUCAUGUAUGGGGAGAGUAAGCCUGUCUCUACAUUGGAAUUGAAACCCUGAUUAUUCUGGUUAGCGUUGCGUGACCUAGAACCCCAGGACCAAAAGACUAGACACUAGUCUAAGCCGCCUUGUCACGCACGGAUUAGGAUAAGAACAAAAUGAUUCGUAUUACCGAAGAUCACGAAUAUUACAUGCGAUGCUUUGCUGUAUAUCAGAGUGGGUUCAACGCAGAAGCCAUCACUUGUAAAGCCCUUGCAGAUGAAACACCCGUUGCGCUGGAGAAAGUGUGGCCAAAUGCUGAACCAGGCAAAGAGAUUUCCGUUCUUAGCGUUGGAGGCGGUGCAGGAGCUAUAGAUAUCCCUAUGCUAUCUGCAAUAGCUCAGCACUUUGGUACAAACGACAAGAAAGCAACGAUCUAUAACACUGUUGUCGAACCAAACGUACCUUAUUUGAGAAAGUACAAAGAUCUGAUGGAAUGCCUUCCAGAAAAACGAGCAAGGAUUUACUGUGAAUUCUUUGAGAAAACGUUCCAGGAUUACGUUACUGAGCGAGGAAGUAACGCAAGAAAGUCUGACUUUGUUCACUUCAUACAUUCCCUCUACUAUAUCCCGAAGCCAGAGAUCCUAGAGUACACUUUUUACAACAUUUUAAAGGAGAAAGGAAUUAUUAUUGCCAUCCUUGUUUAUGGUGAUGGCGAGGGUGAGAAACGAGGAUGGCAAAUUGCUGAUUUUCAGGAGCGAUGUUUUGGGGAUAAAUUUCUAUCAGAUCUCGCCCUCGAUUCAGACCAUGUCAUCAAUAUCGCGAAGAAGAAUAACUGGCAAUACGAGACUCAUCGUUAUGUUAUUCCACACGACAUAAGUGAAGUUUUUACAAAUGAGGAAUCUGGAAAGAGUAACAUGCUUCUUGAUUUCUAUACCCAUUAUAAGAAUUUUAGGAAAACUGCCGGAAAGGAGAGAGUUACCGCUACUUUGGAGUUUAUUAAAAGUGUGUGUGAAACAGACAAAGAUGGCAGGUUACUGUUCAAGGAGGGAUUCGAUCUGGUUAUCAUAUACAAAGGCGAUACACUGAAAAAGAACGACUUAGGCUAAGUUCAAACGUCGUAUUAUCCAUGAGCCGUAUGGAAUACAAAUGCAUGCAAAUGAAGUUGAAAGUCGAUUCAUUUGCCUAUAUUUGCAUUGAAUACGGUUCAUUGAUAAUACGACGUUUGAAUUUAGCCUUAUAAACGGAUUCGCUUCAGUACUCUCUUCUUGGCUAUUGUAAGCGUGGAUUAUUAUUGGUCAAACGUUAAUUCUAUUUUAUUAAGAUUCACUUUGGACUAAAAAUCAAUCAACAACAUUUUACUAAAAGAUCAAUAAGCACCAUCUUCAUGUGAUUCUACUCAAGAGUUUUUUUAUCGUUAAUUUUGAAAUAUUGGGUAUUGAUAUAAUAUUUUUGUGAUGACAUGUAUGAUUGGUUCCUAUGUAAAUUGAUUCACAUAUCAAUAUCACAAUAUUGUGAGAUCAUUCUCCAAAAAAUAGCCAAAAAACAACAACAACCAUUAUUUACAAUUGUAAAACGAAAAUGGCCGAUCUUGUAUUUCAAUAUUAAUUUUUUGAUCCAACGGUAGGAGAUCGUGCUGUUUUAAAAAUCGAGAAAUUUAAUAACUGGUUGACUACAUGAUAUAGGAUAAUUGUUAUAAUAGGUUAGGGGAAUCAUAAAGGAAUUAAAACUAUGAUCGCUCUUGUAUUGAAGCACGAAGAUGACGAUUAAUACUUUGGGGUUGUUUAAUUUUUAUUUCAGAUAUAAAAAUACCUUAUCAGUUUCGAAAAUAUAUUUUCAAUGCAAUGUUAUGCUUUGGCAAUAAAAUGGAUCUGUUUACAUUGCAAGAUGGCGGGUUUAGUUUUAGAGUAAUAUAUUUACAUUCUCAAAUUGACAUAUCAUUUGCAUAGAUUUGAUUUUAAACAUUCGUUACACAACUCGGACGUGAAGUCGUUAUAUAAGGACAAGGAUACCUUGCUUAAAGAGGCUUUUCCGUAGUGUUACUCGUUUGUGCUUGUAUUCACAGUUUUGGCUUCUCGCGUCGAACCACGCGAAAACACCGAAACGCGAAUCGGUGGGUCGAGUACGCAGCUCUUACAAGCUGCAAUUUGAUUGGGCAAAUGAAUAAUAUCCGCACCUUGACACAAA